GUGCUGCGGGCGAUCCAUGAUCCAUCCUUUCAGUCAAGCCAAUUUUUAUUAUUUCCUUCUUCAAAUCAAAUCUGAAAAAGAGAACCUACGAAAAAAAAAAAAACCCUUGGACGAUACAAAAAACCACAAGAAAAACAACGCAAACGGAAACACUCGUGGCCUUUCCCUUUCACUCUCGUUCUUAAGAUUUUACCCCUUAAAACCCCUCCCAAUCCCUUAAUGCCGUCUCUAUCCCAUCAAUUUCAAUAAUCCAGUAAAAGCUACAGAACUUCCUUUUUAGUAUUUGUACCUUAAAAAAAAGUUUAAGAUCAAUAGUAGAAUGUCAAACUCGGGCGGGUUCGCGGUGACCCGAACUCACACGGGGAACCGAUUCUACAACCCGCCGGCGGUGAGGCGGCAACAGCAAUUAUUACAACAGCAGCAGUUGCAGAGGCAGCAGCUACACGGACCGUUGCAGAAGGAGCCACAGAGAGCAUUAAAGGAGAGCCGAGUCAACUCGGUUGAUUCAGUGGCUGAGGCUCGGACGGAUUCGGACGAGUCUACAUUGUCGAGGCCUAACUCGGUCUGCUCUGCUUCACCGUCGUCGAUUUCUAAUUUGACCAAUUUGGAUCGGCUCAUGGAAUCGGUCACUCCUUUUGUUCCGGCUCAGUGCUUCUCUGAGGCAAAAAUGAGGGGAUGGAAAAAUCAUGAAGUGAAUUUACUCCCAUAUUAUUGUCUCAGUGACCUGUGGGAAUGUUUUAGUGAGUGGAGUGUAUAUGGAGUUGGAGUGCCGCUAUUGUUGAACGGGAGUGAUUCUGUUAAGCAGUACUACGUUCCUUCCCUGUCAGGCAUACAAUUGUAUGUAGAUCCACAUAGGCCAAGGAGGCCUAGUGAGGAUAGUGAUGCUGAGUCUUCGAGGGAAACUAGUAGUGCUGGAAGUAGUGACUGUGAAACAGAAAGGAGAAUGAAAGGUGGUGUUGAUGGAGAAUGGGGGAAGCACAACUCUGAAAGGAGGAACAGACCUUCUAUGAGUUCAUCUAGUGACAAAGUGGAGGCUGGCAACUCACCUGGGCUUUUGGUUUUUGAAUACUUUGAACAAGAACAACCACAUCAUCGGAGACCUUUAUAUGACAAGAUUUCAAGUCUCGCAUCUCAAUUUCCAGAGAUCAGGAUGUACAGGAGCUGUGAUCUAUUGCCAGCAAGUUGGAUAUCGGUGGCUUGGUACCCAAUCUACAGAAUACCUAUGGGUCCAACUCUACAAAAUCUAGAUGCAUCUUUCUUGACCUUCCAUUAUUUGUCGACACAUUCUCGAAGUGAAAGUCAGCUGCAGUAUCCUGCUUCUGGCAGUAGGAAAAUAUGCGGUGUUGAUGCACCUUCAAAGAUCUCUCUACCAGUUUUCGGCCUUGCUUCCUAUAAGUUGAGAGGUUCAAUUUUGACUCCCAAUGGUUCCCAAGAAUGGCAGCAAGCAAGCUCACUGUUACAAGUUGCUGACAGUUGGCUGCGCCGUUUACAAGUCCAUCUACCUGAUUUCCAGUUUUUUGUAUCACAUAACUCACAGUGGAGAUAACAAAGGUACCUUAAUU